AUGAUAUUGAAACUAGGUGGCGGUGGAGGAAAUACUAAUGGGACAACAGGGGAUGGUUUUAUUGAUCGAAGUAAAGUGAGAAUUCUACUAUGUGACAAUGAUACGAAGAGCUCUGAAGAGGUUUUUAAACUUCUUUGUAAAUGCUCCUAUCAAGUGACUUCAGUAAGAUCACCCAGGCAAGUGAUUGACGCCCUGAAUGCCGAGGGACCCGACAUUGAUAUUAUUCUUUCUGAAGUUGAUCUUCCCAUGCCCAAAGGCUUCAAGAUGUUGAAACACAUCAUGAGAGACAAUGCUCUGCGACGAAUUCCUGUCAUCAUGAUGUCUGCUCAGGAUGAGGUUGCUCUUGUUGUGAAAUGCUUGAGGCUUGGUGCAGCUGAUUAUCUUGUGAAGCCCUUGCGCACAAAUGAGCUCUUGAAUUUGUGGACCCACAUGUGGAGGAGACGACGAAUGCUUGGGCUGGCUGAGAAGAACAUCAUGAACUGUGAAUUCGACAUAGUGGCUUCAGAUCCUAGUGAUGCAAAUACAAACAGCACCACUCUGUUUUCAGAUGACACAGACGACAAGUCACACAAGAACUCCAAUCCAGAGAUCUCUCUUUCCAUUCCUCCGGAAUCCGAGAAUAACAUGAUAACACCUCCUCCUAGUUUUUUCAACACACAACCAUUCAACUUAUCAGACAACCCCCCUAAUGUCCCGGAAAUUAACGAACAACACCGAGGGAAAGUUACAUUCGGUCCAAAAAAGAGCGAACUCAGAAUCGGUCAAUCAUCCGCCUUCUUUACAUAUGUCAAAUCAAACACAUGUAGAAGUUCCAUAACAAUCAAUGAACCCAUUCCUCCACAAUUAGACAACAAACUAACCCCGGUCAACGUUAGCGAUACUCAAGGGCAUCAUGAUUUAAUCUCGGGUCCCUCCGACCCAAUGAACUCAAGGACAUUUGAUCUGCCCGAGGCACAAAUCCACCAACCGGGCAGCAACUAUCAACAUCCGGAUGUUUCGGGUUAUAACGCGUAUUCCCCUUAUCCGUAUUACCUUCCGGGCCCGAUGAAUUUACCGAACCAUUACAAUCAUGCUAUGCAUUGCCCGCCACCCCCCCAUCUGCCCGGAAUGGGAAUGGGAAUGGGAUCAUUCCCUUACUACCCGGUUAACCUUUGCCUGCCCGGGGGAAUGCAGCAGCCAUGGAUGGGAUACGGGAGUCCAUCGAAUAAUGUAAAGGUACAUAAUAAUAAACUUGACCAUAGAGAAGCGGCCCUGAUGAAGUUUAGACAGAAGAGAAAAGAACGUUGCUUUGAUAAGAAAAUCAGAUAUGUGAAUAGGAAAAAGUUAGCAGAGAGGCGACCACGUGUAAGAGGGCAGUUUGUGAGGAAGAUUAAUGGGAUUAAUGUCGAUCUUAAUGGCCAACCUACUUCUACUGAUUUUGAUGAUGAAGAUGAUGAUAAUGAUAUUGAUGAUGAAGAAGAAGAGGGUAGAGAUUCAUCUCCUGAAAACAAUUUUUCAGUUUUCCAUAACUGAAAAUUUGUUACCUAUUUUGCCAGUAUUUUCUAAUCAUAUAUUUUUGGACGACUGUUUUGCCUUUUUUCAAGUAUCUAAACUGAAAAAUGACAGUCGUGUAAUUUUUGUCAAGUAUAAAUGACAACUUUCUUGUACCUGUUUGUAAAGAA